AUGAGGUUGGAACAGUUUGUUGGCAUUUUUAUGAUGGUGACCGUCGGCGAGACGACACUCAGCGCAUCCGAUGGCUUUAACCAGAGCAGCGCGAUAGAUCAGCAGGACGCACUACAGAAACCACCGAGCGACCAGUGGAGGGACACCGAGCAUGGCAAGGUGCUGUCUAGAAGGAAGCGAUUUAUCGUAUUUCCGGAAGGUUCCAGUUUUUCCGUGGCUGUUUGCAUGACGAUCGGUUUGUACGGUAACCCCAACUACCAGUUCGUCAGCUGGGCCCUCAACUGGGGCAUUGCGUACAAUCUGCCCAAUCAAACCGUCAGCUUCCAGAAGGAAAUGACCGAACCGAAACCGAUGGUGCAACGGCGCUUUCGGCGUGAUCUCUACCAGAAGCUGGAAGUGAUCAUGGACAGCAUGGGGUACGAUGGGCGGGACUGUAUUCUAAGGGCGCUCUGCGAAAGCUCGCAGUACUUCGGCGGCAAAGGAAGCAACAUGGUGGCGGAGAUGUUACGGACGCUUUUCAGCUAUCCCAAGCAGAAGGUACUUUCGUUCGAGCACGCCGAUCACAAGUUGUACGACAAGGCCCAUCGCAAGGGCAGAAACAUGGCACCAUGCCAAUCGCUGUACGGUAACUGUCGGUUCUCGUUACUGGAGCUCGCGCUUGGUAAAUAUUCAACACCGUACGGGUUUAUGUGA